GAGUGUCCGCCUACCUCAGCACACCCAGGCCGGUGGAUCCGCUCCUGCUGUUUUCCCAGUCCUGCGCUCAGCCAGUGUCCGUGUCCGACCUCCUCUUGGACCGUACUUUAACGGCAUGUCUGUGAACAUGGACUGUGCUCAGUAGCGAUCAGCAGAGCGGUGCCAUAGUCUCUGAGCGUGGGAUGGCCUCUAAGCUGCUGGACAGACUUCGCCGCACGCUUUUCAAAGAAGGAGAGCACCCCGCAGAUGCAGACGGAGAUGCAGACGGAACGGACGACUUUCCAGAAAGCUCUGAACUCGAGGACGACACGGACUAUGUGUCGGCCAGGCUUGGCGGAACGCUCUCUUUUGAGGGUGAUGCAGUCCUGGAUUCUGAAGAUGCAGGCGAAGCGUCUGGCCAAGACAGCGAUUCAGACUUCUUCGGGGAGUCUUUGGAUAAUCCAUGCAGCAGCACAGACAUAAGCCCUACCAGCCCUACCCUGAAGGGCUCGAACAUGCUCACCAGGCAGCUGCAGGAGAGCUGGAGAAGCCUGAGGCCUCGCUGUGUUUCGGAAAAGCUCAUUUUUGAAGUGACUGAUGCCAACGUUGUACAAGAGAUGAGCUCCAAAUAUGUACUUUACACUAUUCACGUCAUUCGGUCUGGGACGUUUGACAAAACCCCAGGAGUCAUUACACGUCGCUACACUGACUUCGAGCGGCUGCACGGCCGUCUGCGACGCCGGCAUGGCGACGAGAUGGAGGGCGUCUACUUCCCCCGCAAGAAGCUGCGCAGAAACUUUGCAGCCGAGACCAUCGCCAAGCGCAGUCGGGCUUUUGAGCAGUACUUGGGCCACCUGUACUCGCUCCCCGAGCUGCGUGCCGCACCCACCUUCCUGGAGUUCUUCUACUUGGGCGACCUGCGUGCUGGCCAGAUGCUGCUGCGCGUGGGACGUUACCAGGAAGCUGUGGGGGCGCUGCUCAAUGCCUUGCGGCUCCAGGAGAAGCUGGGCUGCCAGCAGCUGCUCCAGCAGCAGCCGCUGCAGAAGGCUCACUGGCUUUUCACGUUGGCGGCGCUGGUCAGCUGUUUCCAGGAUUCGGAACAGCCCACCGAGGCGCAGGAGAACUGUGACCGAGCCCUACAGGACCUGGCGCCGUCCCCGGAGGCCCUGAAGCAGCAGCCACCGCCACCCCAGCUACACCCACUGCUGGUGCCGCUGUUGCAGGCCAAUGUCCGGCUGUCCUGGAAGAUCUCCAAAGACAAGCGGCGCUGGGAAGCCCUCCUGCAGGACAUCCAAGAGCUUGGGGUCGACGUGGGGAGUCAGCCCAACCUGAAGGAGUGUCUCAUAAAAGAGAAUCUGGAGGACAGUGAGGGAGACGCCAAGUCAAAGAGCAAAGGGGAGGAACACGCAUAGAUAGGACAGGGGGCAGCAGUUCUGGUCCACACCAAGUAACCUUGGUAAUUAAAAGAAUAUUCCAGUAUUUUUCAGCGUAAUCCCUGGGUGCCUUUGUUCUAGCAUAUGGUUAUUUACCUGAGACAGUAACCUGUUUACUCAAAACACUGGGUUUUAGCACUUGCCCAUAGUCUUUUAUUAUGAGUCAGUAUGAGGGUUUUUUUUUGUUCUUUUACUUAAGCACUCAGAAUUGUGUUAACCCUCUACUGCAAGCAUAAUGAGAGCAAUUAAAAAAUAUUAGAUUCACUUUUCUUGCAAGAUAUCGACCUAAUUAUUCAUUGAAAAAUAUUUUAAAAUAAUAACGUGUGCAGGGGUCCUUUUGGGGUAUGUUGCCCUGAGGCAACAUUGUGUGACAAUGGGAAGAAAUUAUAUGAAGCCGUGUUCCCUGAAGUGGUAAGAUCUGGCUUGUGACUGGCUAAAUCCAUUCCACUGACCUACAAUGUUGCUUCUAGGCAACAAACAUAGUUUGGCAAAUUCUCAUAACAAAAAAAAUUAUACUGUAUAUUAAAUAGAGGUUUAAAAGUGUCCAUUAAGAGAUAGUAUGACCAAACACAUCCUUUUAUUGACUUACUCAAACUCUUCCCUUUAUUAUUAACCCUGUCGUUGUCGUUAAAUGUGUAUAAUGUUACUGUAAAGUGAGGAAAAUGUGUUUGUUGCCUAGAGGCAACAGCGUGCAACAGAGGGUUAAACGGACUGUCCAUGGUAUUCAGCCGUGUGCUACAGAUGCAAAGAGAUGACGUUGAAAAACGCUGGAGAAUUGCUUGAAUGAUAAAGCGAAUCAGGGGUGUUUGAGCAGGGAAAUCACCAAACUGUGCUGGACUCAACUCCUCUACACCUGGAAAUGAUGACCCCUUUCAUAGGAUGCAGCAUCCUGGAUAGUUAUUGCAAUAUUCUGAGGAAACCUGAGGGAUUUUGCUGUAGUGCUGUUCACAUAGUGGAGGAACCUGUGACAUUAAAACUGACCCACUGAAUUUGUGAGUAAUUUGCAGAGAACAAUCACAUAAUAGUUAGUUAGCGAUUAUAUUAUCUGCUCACCAGCAUUUUUUUAGGAUGUCUUUGUCAUGUUUUGCACAGAAUGGGAAAACUGUUGUGUCUAAGUGAUAUGUAAACAGCACUACACCUACAGCUACGUUUUUUAAAAAUAUUUUUAAAACUGUUAGUCAUAUACUCUAAAUGCAUGAAGCACAGCCUUAUUAGAGAACUAUUUUUUAUAAGAGAGCUAUUUUCAUUGCACCCAAAUAUUAAUAUUAAGGAGAAAAAACACAACAAAUAAUGUUACAUAUAGCAUAUUUAUAUUAAUAAAAUAAUAAAGCAGAGGAAAUUAGGUUAAAACAGGAUUUUUAAGCCGUUUUUAAACUGGUUAUGAAUUUCAUUCUCGCUCUAAAACUUCAGGUAUAAUUAAGGUACCACAUUACAGAGACGUUAGAAUUUGUUUUUUUUGCUGCUAAAUGUUGUCUUUUAUUUUAUAUUCCAGUGCUAUGAAAUGACUUGAGUGUGUUACUUAUGUGUUUAUUUAUUAUUUAGGGAAAUUAGGGAAUUUAUGGUAGCAUACAGUAUUAAAGCCUUGCCCUGCCUAUUCACUAAACUCCUUACUUUGCAGUUUAUUUUCUUUUAGAAUAACAUUCCUCUCAUGUUUGAUUAAACCUUGAUAUGUUUCACGAAACCUAAAUGGCCUUAACAUGGUUAAAUGACCACUCACUGAUUUUUUUUCCCAGUUUUAUGUUAUGUAGCUGUUCUUUUCUUGAGAUGUUUUUAUGGCACAUUUGUAAAAUUUAAGCAUUAUAUCAACAGGUCAGCAAAUGUUUCACUCUAUGAUAACCUGCACUACAAUAACGUCACCAGAAAGAGUUUUGGAACAGGAUAGUUUGGCUCUGAAUGUUCUGCAGUUGUUUCACGUGUGUGUGUGUGUGUGUGUGUGUGUGUGUGUUUGUGCAGAUGUGACAACAGUUUUUUCCUUCACUUAUUUACAAGCACUCCCGUUUCAAACACUCAGGUUUACAUCAGACAUGAAAUUAUUUUUCUUUUAAUAGAUGUUUCCUUUUUCUGAGUGUGUUUUGAUUGAAAUAAAAUACAUUUUCAUCCGUAAAUGUGUAACUGUUGUUUGUCUUCGCACCCUUCUGUGUACGAGCUGACUGACUAUAUAUGUACACAUGA